GAAUUAAGAACUGACUGGCCUUUGCAAAAACACAACCACCACCCAUUUAUAUCACCCUCCCAAAGGCCAAAUCCACACUCUCAACGUAACUUUCCAUUUCCAUCAAAAUGAAAUCAACAAAACUGAUAAUAAACAACAAAUCUGAACACCCCAUUCUUCUCCCUUCUUUGUAUAGUACAACAUUCCAUGGCCAAUAAGAAUCUAACUGAAUAAUUCCCUUUAUAUUCUCUUCCUUUUUAAGUCAUGAUUUCCUCUUACUUCUUACUUCACAACUCACAUCUUUACUUCCACAAGCACAGGGUUUGUGUUUUCUCCAAUGAAACUCAUCAGUUUCAGAAGAAAGAGUUCCUUGAGAUAAUAAAGCCCCAAGUUUUGAGACCCAAAGGCUCCUCCGGUUUCAUACGCCCUUAUGCUUCCCUUUCAUCUUUCGCUGAGGGGGGAGAGGGUUAUGAGAAAUUUGAAGCCAAAGGGCUUCAGAAUCAAGAAGACCCAAGCUCUGAAGUUGAAGAAGAUGAGUUGCCUGGAGGUAUGGCGCAGGCUUUUAACAUAUCUUCAAGAACAGCUUCUGCUAUUUCGAUAUGCGUUGCAGUGGCGGCCCUGAGCUUGCCAUUGGCGAUGAAGUCUUUGCAGGGUGAGGGGGUGGGGUUAAAGUGUAAGGUUUUGUCAUAUGUGACGCUGUUGUUUGGGUUCUACAUGGCGUGUAACAUUGGGGCUAACGAUGUGGCUAAUGCCAUGGGGACUUCGGUGGGUUCUGGGGCCUUGACGCUCCGGCAGGCGGUGUUGAUGGCCGGAGUUUUGGAAUUCUCCGGCGCAUUGUUAAUGGGAACGCAUGUCACGAGUACAAUGCAGAAGGGGAUUCUUGUUGCCAGUGUUUUCCAAGGAAAGGAUACUUUGCUCUUUGCUGGGCUUCUGUCUUCUUUGGCUGCUGCAGGGACAUGGCUACAGGUUGCAUCAUACUAUGGUUGGCCGGUGUCCACCACACAUUGUAUAGUGGGAUCCAUGGUUGGGUUUGGUCUGGUGUAUGGAGGAACCGGAGCUGUGUUCUGGAGCUCACUAGCAAGGGUAACGUCGUCCUGGGUAAUCUCCCCUGUUAUUGGAGCAAUGGCAUCAUUUCUCGUCUAUAAGUUCAUCCGCAGAUUUGUUUACAGUGCUCGGAAUCCAGGGCAAGCAGCCGCUGCAGCGGCACCAAUCGCUGUUUUUCUUGGUGUUACCGGAAUCUCCUACGCUGCCCUCCCUCUUAGCACCACACUUUCAGUGGCUCUGCUCCAGGCUUUAGCACUCGGCGGCAUUGGGGCUAUAAUGGUGGACAGAAUCAUCAGAAAGCAACUCGGGCACCUCCUAGCCGCCAAGUCCAAAUCAAAGACACAAACUACCCAGACCAAGAAUCUAGGACUCCUGUCGGACGUGGCUGGCCCGAAAGGCACGCAGCUAGAGAUAGUUUACGGCGUGUUUGGGUACAUGCAGAUUGUGUCCGCCUGUUUCAUGUCAUUUGCCCACGGCGGCAACGACGUUUCCAACGCCAUAGGCCCUCUGGCGGCGGCGCUGUCGAUCGUUCAAGGCGGAAUGAUUGGUGGCGGCGGGGAGGUUUUGGUUAUCCCGAAUGAUGUCCUGGGUUGGGGAGGGUUCGGGAUUGUGGCGGGGCUAAUGAUGUGGGGGUACCGAGUGAUUGCCACCAUUGGAAAGAAGAUCACCGAGCUGACACCCACGAGGGGUUUCGCGGCCGAAUUUGCAGCCGCCUUUGUGGUUUUGGUGGCGUCCAAGCUCGGGCUGCCCAUCUCGGCCACCCACACUCUUGUGGGGGCCGUGAUGGGGGUCGGGUUUGCCCGAGGGCUUAAUAGUGUUAGAGCAGAAACUGUGAGGGAGAUUGUGACUUCUUGGGCAGUCACAAUCCCUGCCGGGGCUUGCUUGUCUGUCAUUUAUACAUGGGUUUUCACUAAGCUGUUGUCAUACAUAAUCUAAGUGUACAUUACAAUAUGAUUAUACAAAUUCAUUCAUAUUGUAUGUAAGCAUCAGUGUACAAACACUUUUUUAGCGGAUUUAUUGAUUGUAGAGGCAAAUCGAGGCUCUAUGGCAGAGGCAUAUGGGGCGGGCAGCCCUCAAAAUUGGGAUGUAUUUUUUUAAAAUGAUUAUAGUGUGAUACUUGUUUUUUUUUU